UAAGAGAAAUUUUGCCACUGCUGAUAACGGACCACGUCUAUUGGUUGUUUCUUUUAACGUGCAGGAAUCUCCUAAUACAGGGCUCUUUAGCUUUGUGCUUUUGAUUCAGUGUUAUUGGUUGAUCUCGGUGGCGGAGUUGCUGAGUUGUUCUAACAGCGUCGUCGUCGUCUUGCGUCGUCGUCGGUCGGUCUCAUGUGUAAACCUGUUUGUCUACGCGGUCGUUCUUGUGGUUGUUUAAUUUAUACUGUAAUUCAUUGUUGAACGCGUUUUAAAGGUUAUCGUAAAUGAUAGUUCGUUGAUGGAAUUGAAUAUCAGCGCUUCAUCGAAGAGCAGCACUAUGGUGACCAAGACGUACGAAAUGACCACUGUGUCCACGGUGGCAUCCACCUCGUCCACGUCCACGUACACGGCCACGUCCGCCUUUAGCAAUAUCCCUUUGAGUGACGAUGAUCAAGAACAAGAAUACAUAUCGAAGCAUUUAUCCGGUUUCACCAACAAAACUCCGGUAGAAAUACGUUUCGAAGGAAUAACCUACGUAGUACCGCAAGGUUUUCGAGGAAAGAAGAAAGUACUGCACGAAAUAUGCGGCAAAUUCCCACCCAACAAGUUGAUAGCGAUAAUGGGGCCAUCUGGGGCUGGAAAAUCCACCUUAUUAGAUCUGAUAUCAGGAUACAGGACAGGAGGAAUCAAGGGUAAAGUGAUCGUAAACGGUAAACUUCGAGUAUUAGAAGAAUUUCGUAGAAUCUCGUGUUAUAUUCAGCAAGACGACAGAAUACAACCUUUACUCACUGUCAAAGAGAACAUGGAAAUCGCCGCGGAUCUCAUGUUGGGACCAACGGUGCUUAGGACGAAAAAAAACGACAUGAUCGACGAAAUAUUAACAAUUUUAGGUUUAAGAGAGACCCUAAACACGAGAGGUGCUCGUCUUUCAGGAGGCCAAAAAAAACGUCUUUCAAUCGCUUUAGAAUUAAUCAACAAUCCAUUAGUAAUGUUCCUAGAUGAGCCCACGACAGGGUUAGAUAGUUCCUCGUGUAAGCAAUGUAUUUCCCUACUGAGAAUGUUGGCUCAUCAAGGACGUACCAUCAUUUGUACCAUUCAUCAACCAAGUGCCAGUCUUUUUCAAAUGUUCGAUCAAGUGUACAUUCUGGCCCAAGGAAAAUGCCUCUAUCAAGGAUCUACCGAUAAUAUGAUGCGAUAUCUUAAAGUUCAAAAGUUACCAGUUCCUCAAUACCAUAAUCCUGCUGAUUUCAUAAUCGAAAUUGCCAGCGGAGAAUAUGGCGAAGAUAAAAUAGGAAUGUUAGUCAACGGAAUUGAUAAUGGAAAAAAUUUACAGUGGUUUAUGAAUUCCAGAAUAAUGUGCGACGUCGAGUUCAAAGAACCUGAAGAAGAUAAACAAGUUCAGAAAAGAAUAGCUAAACAACAAAAGCAAAUGACGCCAGCCUACUACCAACUUGGUGUCUUAUUGAGAAGAGGAUUCAUAAAAUUAGGACGGGAUCAAACCUUAACUCACAUGCGAAUCAUAGUCAAUCUCUCGGUCAGCAUAUUGUUAGGAUUAAUUUACGUGAAUUCCGGAAUAGACGCUACUAAAGUUAUCGACAACUAUAAUUUAAUAUUUUCACUCAUUAUGCAUCACGUUAUGUCUUCCAUGAUGUUAUGCAUCAUCAGUUUUCCAAUGGAAAUGAAUAUCAUUUUAAAGGAGCAUUUCAACAGAUGGUAUUCGUUGAAAAUGUACUAUUGCGCCAAUAUGAUAGUCGAUAUUCCAGUUACUGCUUUUAGUUGCGUUUUAUUCAGCGCGAUAGUGUUCUUCAUGACCAGUCAAUUAUUCACGUGGGAUCGAUUUGCAUUAUACAUGGUGACGAGUCUGUUUCUCGUAUUCAUCGCUCAAAGCUUCGGUUACGUGUUUGGAACCAUUUUCAACGUAGUGAAUGGAACUUUCGCCGGACCUAUUUUCUUAGUACCAAUGAUGAUGUUCAGCGGUUUCGGCGUAAAUCUGCGCGAUAUUCCCAAAUACUUAGAAUGGGGUACGCACGUAUCGUUUUUCAGAUACGCUCUAGAAGGGUACAUAGCAGCGGUGUACGGUCUCGGGAGAAAAUCCUUCGUCUGCUGGGAAGUGUUUUGUUAUUACAAAGACCCGAAAAACUUUCUCCAUACCAUAGCCAUGGAAAACGUAUCCGAACGAGUAUGGCUCAGUAUGUCCAUGCUGCUGGGAACGUUGAUAUUAAUCAAAUUAGCCGGAUAUUACGUUCUUUUAUGGAAAGUUAAAUCCAAAAGAUGAAUGAAAAUCGGUAAAAAUUUAUUUAUUACGAAUCUCUAUUUUUCUAAGCGUUUUUUUUUUAUUCGUGUUUGAAUUUCCCCUCAAUUUUUUUCUAUAUUUUUUAAACUCGUAUAUAGGUAGAUAUACGUACUUAUUUCUCAGAUCGUGAAUGAUUGUGAUGUUUGAAUAAAUGUAUUAUUUUACUCUUUUAUGUAGGGGGACGAGGGAGGGAGGGAGGAAGGGGGCUGUGAAAAAAAAACGAGGAUAAAAUAAUGCGUGUGCUUGCCUCGAGUUUGCUUAUUUUGAUGCCUUUUUUAUUUUCAUUAUUUUAUUUUAUUUUUUUCGUAGGCCUAAUUAUUGCCUAUAGCUAAUUUGUGUACGUGUGUGAAGAGUGAUAUGAUAUGUGUUGACAGUAUUUUUAUAACGAUUUUGUGAUGAUAUAUGCGAUAUUUUACAUACCUAUUUAUUUAUUUGCGAUAUUUAAUCAAAAGUACCUAUCUUGUUUAUCUUUGCAAUUACGUGUCAAAUUACCUAUGUUUAUGUAUUUAUAUCGUAAUUCGCCAUUGGUUUGCCAUGAAUAUACUUAAAUUGUCGUUGAAUAAAAUUUGUUACGAUAGAUUAA